AUGUUCAACAACAUAAAAGAACGAAACAGAGGACCUGGCACUUACAGUCCAAAAGAUUUCAUUAACAUUUUGGCAGCAAAACCAUCCAGUAUCUAUGGUAUAUGUCAUUCCAGUGAGAGUAGGUUCAAACCAUCAACACAGAAUACUCCAGGACCAGGAACAUAUAAACCAGGAAAGGCUGUAUUUGAAGACAUAAACAAAAAAUCAUAUGGAGUCGUUGGAAUAAUUGAUGCCCGGAUUCCAAGAAAAGAAACAAAAUUUAAUCGGAACCCAGGUCCUGGUACUUAUGAAAUCAAAAGUGGAAUUGAUUCUCUCUUGCAAAAAGUUGUUGGUAAUCGUGGUCCAUAUGAGCUCUUCACUGGUCCUCGAACUCUAGCCCUCCAGACAGGCAAAAAAGUCUAUCCAUGUCCUGGUCAAUAUGAAAUGAAAUCAGGUAUUGAUCAAUUACUGGAGUCGAGCAAAAACAUACAAGGCAAGUUUGGAAAAUGUGAGCGCUGGAAUAAGCAAUUGCACGAGAGAAUAGCUUGCAUGACAUCAGGAAACUAUCCUAGAGAUGUUAAUAUUCCAGGCCCUGGACACUACAAUGUGUCAUACCAAGAUCAAAAAUCAAUGUCAAGGAACCUCCCACCAUUUGCAUCUUCAGCCACCAGAUCUAGUCAGCCGAUUCCAAACACUGUAACGGGAUCUAAAACAGUGGCUCCAGACAGAUACGACGUUCUGCUAUGGCAAGAAAAACAGCCUGUUAAUGGCCACAGAAGUGUCUUCCUUUCCCAAACUAAAAAAAUAUCAAACAAACAGGAAAAAUUACUCAGCCCGUCUGUAACGCUUUCACAUGGUUAGUUGAAGGGAAAGGCAAAGAAUGAAAGAAAAAGGAGAGAGAAAAAAGGGAAAAGAUUGCAGAAUAACAUACAUGCCGAACCUGAUGACUUAAUCAGACACAAUACAAGCUACAGUGUUAAAUCUGCCCUGAAUGUAAAGUGAACCCAAGAAAUCACAGUCUCAUCUCUUUAAUUAUUCAUUAAAAUUUUUCUAUGUAUACAUUUA